AUGGCCAUCUUGAUCAGGCUGGCACAUAAAUCGCAGGUGUCAAAGGGUGUGGCGAAGAAGAUGGACGAGGUGCAAGUCUACACGUGGAUCCAGUGCGAGCUAAGUCCCGAAACGGUUGAAGAUUUGUUGUUGUAUUUGGAGGGGGACAUACCCGGUUAUAGUGCUGAGUUAAAGCAUACUGUGGACGCCUACUGGAAGCGUCUACUUGACCUGGAAGUAGAGUGGUAG